AUGCCUGACACCCGUCCUGCUCAUAGCACCAUAUUCCCCGACUGGAGAAUCGAGCAGGUCCUUGUGAACUGCAAUGGAUUUUUCGGCGCAAACACUCGAGGCGAUCCCCCCUACUUCAUCCGCGAAUCAAUUAUGAAGUGCCAGACGCAUCUAUCAUGGUGUAUCAAACUUAAGAAGGCUCCGGAGCGUUUUGAGAAUUGGGCUAGGAAACGCUCUCAAGACUUGGAGGACCUCGUCACUGGCCUUAUCGCGAAACGACUCUUCAUCACCCCAGGCUCACCAACAUUGAACGUCGAGCGUGCCCUGGUGGGCAUGCUUGUGAUCGCUCUGGUCCCCGUGGCGGAGAUGAUCUACAACCUUGCGGCUGGCGUGAAGCCUAUAGAUGAAUUUAUCUUCCACGAUCAUCCGAUGACCUACUUGAGUCUUCCUGGAGAUCUUGAGCCGGACCUGCUACGACGGCUGAUGCAGCGGUUCGAUGGCCUUAUGGACAUGUGUGUGCUGGCUGAGGCCAGCAUGGCCAGGAUGUCGCAGAGAACUGAUGACUGCUUCGCAUUCUACGAGCAACUGUUCAAACGAGUCGCCUGA